AUGUUCACUUUCUAUAGAAAUGGAAUUGUUGGGAAGAAAUUACUCUCGCUUCAUCGUUUAUACUCAACACAAACCUGCAAUUAUGGUAUAUGUCUAGACAUUGACGGAGUUUUGAUAAAGGGGAGGAAAGCUUUACCGCAAGCAAAGAAGGCCUUAAGUUUUUUAUCUGGUGAAAAUGUAUUACAAAAAAAGAUUCCUUUUCUUUUGCUCUCUAACGGUGGUGGGAUGACAGAAGCCAAAAAAGCAGCGGAUUUGACACGUACUAUCGAUUUUCCCAUAUCUCCGCAACAACUCGUUCUCUCGCAUACUCCUAUGCAAUCAUUAGUCUCAAAGUAUCAAGAAUCUAUGGUCUUGGUAGUGGGAGGGACCGGUGAUUUAUGUGCAGAAGUAGCCAAAAGCUAUGGAUUUAAAAGGGUAGUAAUACCAGAGGAUGUUCUGCGAUGGGAGCCAAGUAUUUGGCCACUUGCUCCAAUUAUGAAAGAAAUCGCGGAAGCACCGAGAUACGAUUUUUCCAAAGAAGCAAUACAAGUUGUAAUGGUGUUGCACGAUUCAUACAAUUGUCAGUAUCGAUGGGGCCGGGACAUACAAAUUAUGUUAGACGUGCUACAAUCCAAGAAUGGAUAUAUUGGCACAUUGACACCUGAAACGGAAGAAAUCUUGCAUCAAAUUCCUCUUUAUUUUUCGAAUCCUGAUUUUAUUUGGUCCAAUGAAUUUCCAAUCCCUCGCUUUGGACAGGGUGCUUUUCGAAUAGCAUUUGAAAGUAUAUACAGUGAAGCGACAGGCAGAAAACUUAAAUAUGAGUUAUUUGGGAAACCAGAGACCUCUACAUAUAGAUAUGCUGAACGGCUGCUUGCUGAUCAAACCUAUGAAAUCUACAAGCGACGCAUACUACCCAAACAUGUUUAUGCUGUUGGUGAUAACCCGGCUGCGGACAUAGCUGGUGCCAAUGCACAUAACUGGAACUCGAUUCUAGUUCGAACAGGUGUAUUUGAGGGUAAGGACAACGAUGCACAAUUUCCUGCUGAUCAUGUGGCGCAAGAUGUAUUCGAAGCGGUUGAAUAUAUGUUCCAUCAAGAAGAAGGAAGGUGA